GGCCUUUCAAAUGGGAAUUGAUGCUACUAGCUCCACACCAGGCAGGCCACGACUAGAUAUGCUUCGCUUCGUGACGUUGGCUUUACGCCUUGCCUUACUUCGCUCCCGAUGCGUGUGCUUGGACUCUGCGCGAAUCGGUACCGCUUGCAUAUAUACGCCAAGGAGGCGACGCCCCCAUGACAGGCGAGGGGCGCAUUUCUUCUCAUCAUGAGCUUGCUCUCUAUCGCGCUCGGCGUCGCCGCGACGGCUCUGCCAUCGUUCGCCUCGACGCCUCCGAUUCUCUUAACGCAAACGCCCUUCACGAGCGCAGCCACCGACGCCUGCCAGAUCAUCUCCGACGCCAUAUCAGACGCCAGCCAUGUAUAUUACCCAUGGGAUAGCAGCGGUCACUACGCCGCGGACAUCGAGCAUUACUCGCCAGCCGCUACGGAGAUAUCCGCCUGCUCAGUUGAGCCCGCUACCUCAGAGGACAUUGCGCUCAUCCUACGUGUCCUCGAUCAAACUCGCACACCAUUCGCGGUCAAAGGCGGCGGACACUCCAUGAACGUCGGCUUCUCCUCGACUACCGGCGUCCAAAUCGCCAUGACCCGCUUCUCCGAGGUCACGUACGACGAGGAGACGGAGACUGCCGUAGUCGGUGCCGGUCUGAUCUGGGACGAUGUCUACGCGGCUUUGGACCCGCUUGGCCGUGGCGUCGUGGGCGGACGAGUGCCAGGCAUCGGCGUCGCUGGGUUCAUACUAGGCGGAGGAUACUCGUGGUACACCAAUGAGCGCGGACUAGCAUUGGACAACGUCCUAGCCUUUGAGCUUGUGAAGCCCAAUGGAGAAGUUAUUCUGAUCUCAGAAAAGUCAGAUUCGGACUUAUUCUUUGUGCUGAAGGGCGGGUACAACAACUAUGGUAUCGUGACCAGGUUUACGCUCAAGACCUACCCUCAGGGCAAGUUAUGGGGCGGGCAUGCCUUCUACUCCCCAGACCUCUUCGAUCGAUUCUCGGACGCCCUGUACAACUUCUCCGAGAACACCGCAGAUCCCAAGGCUUCCCUCAUCGGCACAUACUCCAGCAUCAAGGGCAAGUUGCUCGCCAGUAUAUUUAUGGCGUACCUCGGUCCCUCGCCGCCCGACGGUAUCUUCGAUGAGUUUCUGGAUAUGCCCAUGCUAGAGUCGAAUAUCUCGACGAGGGACGGCAUGCUGCCGCUCAUCCUGACGGCGGCUAGUAACGCCUCGGACUAUGGUGGCACGCGAGCACUGUACAGCACGACGCCCAUGGAGGAAUACACUCCGGGUGUACUUGCGUUUGCUGCUGAAAGAAUCAAGAACCUCUCCGCCGCUCUCUCACCAGACGACUUUCCGAUGUUCGCCUAUUAUCUUGAGCCCUUCGUUCCGGACUACCUCUCACGCGCCCCCGGAAACUCCUCCGCCUACCCGCCGUCUCGCAAGAAGACCAUCCUUCCGACCGCUAUCGGCGUCGGCUGGAGCUCUCCAUCGUUGGAUGACAAGGGCAUGGAGGUCAUCAAGGGCCUCGGCGACGCGCUAUCCGCCUACGCGUCCGACGUCGACGGUCAGGAUCUAUCCGGAUACUAUAUCUAUCCGAACUACGCGCUGGCGGACGUGCAGAUGGAGGAUAUGUAUGGGGAGAACUUGGAGAAGAUGAGAGAGGUGCGCGACCGCGUCGACCCGAACCAGCUGAUGGCGCUUGCCGGCGGCUUCAAAGUCUAAUAGAACGAUGUAAUGCCACCUUGGCGACGUUGCCUGUCGAGCAAGUUGUCAAAGACCCGAUGUCUUGUAGAUUCGAUAUAGUAACGAGGACACGAAGGCAGUCAUCUGAUUCUCUUGAAGCGUACCUAACAAAAGCACAUGCACUCUGA